AUCCACCACCACAGUAACAACUAACGUAACCUGGUAUAUUGUUCAGGUGGUUCAGUGGCGCCGGAGGACCUGCCAGCCGCCCGUCACGCCCGUCACGCCCACCUCACCCACCUGCUGAAGAACAACACUAUGAUCCUCCCCCGUCAGGUUUUAGAAUCAUGUGAGGGAGGGCGGCCAAAUGAAGUCACAAUUGAGGUCAGCCACGAUGUUACCAGCACAGACACAGACAGUGGCAUGUCAGGUGGGGCGAAGGAAAGUCAUCGGGGUCGACGGAAACGAGGAGAGGUCAGUGAAGCUGGGUCAGAGGGCAGUGAAGAGAGGUCACUGACCCCUCCUCACCAUCCUGACCAAAGGCCACCCACUGUGAGCCCUGACCAGGGUGUGGUCACUGAUGACUGUUGGGCCAGUGCUGUCACAGGUGAUGGUGCCCCACUGCAAUUUAAGAUUGAAGAACACGUGGAAGAAAUCACCACUCAUCGCUUGACUGAUGAUGAUGACCAGGACCUGGAUUGUGCCUAUGACAAUGAUGUUAGUGACUCUGGUGGAUCAUGGCGAGGUUCUCGUUGCUCCUUGGAUGACUCGAGAGAGACGAGGCAUCACAAGGUGUCCCACCACUCAGUGACAGAAGAUCCACUACUGUCCACCAUUAAUGUUGCUCUUCCAGACCCUGCUCACAUUUCUGACAGGAGGGUCUCCUUCCCUGAACUUGGUGCUGAUAUUAUACAUGAUUUCUGUUCAGAUGUAGAUUGCUGUGAUGUUGGACCUGGUGACAUGGUGCUGAAUUCUGACACUUGGGAAGAGAACUGGCUCUUCAGACGGCAGCGGCUGAUGGGUGCCUCUGCUUCUGACCCUGUGACAAUGCUCAUCCCAAAUCCUGAAGCUCAUGUUCCAGCUACUGUGGGAAAUAGGGAUAUAGAUGAAUUGUCUGAAUUGUCGGAGCAGCAGUCUAUUGGCAGCGGGGAGCCUUGGAGCAUGAGUGAGAGUGAUGGAGAGGGAGAGUGUAUGAAGAGUUGCCAGCCAAGCACUGCAUCUAGGGAACUCUCUACACUUGCAGGAGAAAUUGUGGCCGAGUUUGCUCAGCAAGACCAAGAGUACACAGUAGACUACAGUGUCCCUAUCAGAGUGACGGCAACAUGUAGAGCACAACAAAGCAGGAAGCACCUUGCAUCUCCUCAAGCCUCUCCUACACAUUCUCAUAAGUCUCCAGAAGCACAACCCUCAACUCGUUUUAUUUACACAAAUCAUAAGGGAGUCCUGAGAAACUAUCAUGAGGGGAAAACCGUGGAAGGUGUGAAGAAUCCUGGAGUCGCUGAAAAAUCACAAGUGGAUUUAGAUUUUGUAUCGGACAAUGAGAGACCAGUGCCAAAACCUAGGAAACUUUCAUUAGCUACAAAAUCUUCUACCAAUACUUCUGCUAACUCCUCAGUGCAGCUUCUGCUGUCUCCAGCAGAGGAUUUGACAAUUCUAAGUCCUCCCUUAGAGGUUCCUGAUCCAUCUAACACGUCCAGUAAAAGUGAAACAGUGUGGUUUGUGGAAACUCCAGAGGACUGUGUAGUAAUGCAGGGUAGAACACUCCGACUCGCUUGUCAAGUUAAUACCAAGAAACCCAUGGGUGUGAGCUGGUACCACAAUGGUUCCUUGGUGGCUGUGGGUGGUCGUGACCAGUGGGUGUACCGCCAGGGGCCCUUCUAUCAUUUACAUGUUUACGGAAUGACAUCUGUGGCAGCUGGGCUGUAUGCUACUGCUGCGUACACUGCCACCAAUUGUGUGUGGGCAUUUUGUAGAGUACAAUACAAAGCAAAUUCAAGACCUCAAAAACGUCCCACAUUCACCAAGGGUUUGUCAGAUGUGAUUCUCGAAGAGGGAGGAGACCUGUAUUUACAGUGCCAAGUACAAGGCCACCCAGAACCACGAGUUAUCUUUUCCAGAGGCUUAGAGAGGCUAGAACCUUCUUCCAGACUUGCAAUAGAGAGUGAUCAGUAUGGCACGUGGACAUUGCGUCUGGCAGAAUGUUCAGCUUCAGACAGUGGAGAAAUCACUGCGACUGCUGCCAGCAUGCUGAGUGCAGUAAAUACCCACUGUCGGGUAAAGGUCGUGCCAGAGGGCACUCCCAUUCCCCAGCAAGUCCACACUAAUUCUGCGAGACUACAGCCAUCAGCUUUACAAACAAAUAAGCAGCAAGAUCCCAGGCCAGGUGGCAGACAUACCCACAAGAAACACAACCCUGGCUCACACCCACCCAACACCUCUCGGCCAACCUCUGACAACCUACUAAUCUCCGCCAAAACAUCCACUCCUUCACAUCGAGAAAAACUAACAAAAUCAUCAGGUUUUAAUACAGAUACUGAUGAUCUGGAUGAUAUUCAUCAGGUGCCUACAAAACCAGGUAUACCUGUAAAUGAUGUGUGUAUCUCUAUACAUCUGCCUGCUGUAAAUAAUGAGGAUAUUGUUACUUACUGCUCAAUAACCACAGAUGUAGACAAUGAUCUGAGUUCUUCAGUGUUGCUAGAUAAUGGUGGAGCUUCUGAGUGUAAGCCUAUGGUGCAUGAGAUCAAUGAGCUUUCACAUCGUGUAGAGGAUCGUAAUGUAUUAGACAGUUCUACCAGUGGUAAUGUCAGUACUGUUGCACAUGGGGAUUUGUCCACAAAUACAUAUGCCAGCUUGAAAAAUCUACAAGACGACUUUAGUAAUUCCUCAUCAUUCUUCAAGGAUUCUUAUAACCCUAGCUUGACAAGGCUAAUUUCUUCAUCUGGCUCAUCAUUUAUUGCAGCUAAUCAUAGUUUGGACUGUUAUUCCUCUAGUCAUGAUGAUGAGGAUUCAUCCUCUUCUAACAGACACACAUUACCAGUACAAAAAUUAUCCAAUCUUGAGUUCCUUUCUUCUUCAUCUCCUGUAACUCAAAAUCUAAAAGCUAGGGGAAAAUUCUUGGUAAACUGCAAUGCCUCAUUGCCUCUAACUGCUGACCAGCCGCAUGCCUUUAGCACCUUCAUGGGCCAUCACCAAGAGCAUGGAGAACCCUCUGCUAAGCCUGCUUCUUCCUUCAUUGCUACAUCACCAACAUUUUCAGGUACAAUUGCAGAAAGAGAACAUCGCAAAUGGGAAGCUGCAGUAUCAAUACCUAACAAUCCUUAUGCCCCUGAGCGCUUGGUUCAGCGACUCUCGCAUACCCAUAUAUCUGAGCACAUCCCACCGCCUCGCCGUGCUAUCAGCAUAGAAUUUCCUGAGGAGAGUGGCCAGGAGCUGGAUCCCAGCUUGCGUGAUGGAGUGCCACCCACACCUGACCUCAAUAGGUACAGUCGGGACUAUUAUGUAACAUCAACUACUGGUAGAAGGACCUCCUCCCUUAAUUUCAGACACCAAAAAAGUCACCACUACCACCACCACCACCAACAACAGCAGCAACAACAGCAGACCCUAGUACAGCAAAAUAAUGAUAAUCAGCAGAAGGAACACCGCCACCAGCAGGAAGAUCAACAGAUACUACAUAAAAGUGAGAUACUCUUUUCAGCUAAUGGGCAUAAAGUACCAAGAAGAACAUCACCCACACUUUCUACAAAUGUUCAGGAGCCAUUACACAUCAUAGGAAGUGGACUUCAGAAAAACCAUAAAAGCAAUAGUGAGGCAACUUUACAUCAAUUGAGAAAUACUCAAGUGGAGACUUCCCAGCCCAGUGACUGGAAGGAUGAACUUAGAGAUAUUCAGGCUGCGCGUGUGGAACGAGAAGUAGCCAGAUUCCAAAGAACUAUCAACGAGACUCAGCGGAGGUGGGAAGAAAACUACGCGCGUCAUGCUCCUCGAAGUGUCCAUGCUAAUGGACAGUCUGACAGCUCCACAGAAGUUCUUCAUAAUCCACGUGUUGAUGCAUACUUGGUUCCCCGUCGCCAUGACCUCUGGCGGACUGUGAGUGAAGACACUAUCGCAGUACAACCAAGGGAUAGAACAGUUCUGCAGCCACUUUUGAGGCACACAAGUGCUGAUAACCUGCAGCCCUCUGCUAAAGUUUCAAACCUACACAACCUGGGCUCAGUUCCCCUUCAUAACAUGAGCAGUAUGAAUUCGGUGGGCAGCAUGAGCAAUAUUAAUAUAAACAGCUUAACUGGCCUAGGCAAACGUACUAAUUACCAGCACCACUCAAAAUUUGGAAGAUCAGUAGAGAGUGUGAGUACAUAUAGUGAGGGAGAUAGCCAUGGUGAAGGAUUGGACAGUGAUGCAUCUAUACGCACACCAGAGGAAGUACCUGCUCUUCCUUCAGUCAGGAAACUGGCCUCCAAGUUUGACCUGGCCAGCCAGGAACGAGUCAAUGAUUUAGACAAACAUGGGAAGGCUAAUUCUCUUUCAUUCUAUGGAAAGAAGAACAUCUUCAUGAUUGAGAAGUCAGCACCAAGUGACCAACCAUACAGUCGUAGCUUCAUCAACAACCUUAACAAGCGAACAGAGAAGCCAUAUGUUGUUAAAGAGGUAAGGUCUUUGGCUAGUGGUGAAGGUUCCCGUCCUUCUCCUGAGACUGACAUGUAUGAGAGUGAUGUGGACAGCACUGAAUUUGAUGAUGAGGCAACAGUAACCAGCCUUAGUCUACCACCAACUCCUGGCUCACUUAGUGAUAAGCACAGCUUAAGUAACUCCAGCCUCAUAGACACUGACUCCUGCUUUUCAACGGACUGUAGGGACUCAAAUGUGACUACUUCAUAUGACCAGUCUAGUAAUAAAACUAUUUUUGGAGUAACUCUCCGUAAGACAACCACAAAUCCUUAUGGCAGCUUUGAUAAAAGGAAGCAAACAUCACUUUCCAGCAUUUCUUCUGUGGAGGAAGUGCAGAGAGCAUCUUCUAGAGUGAGCAGCCACAACAACAGACACUCAUGGAAUACCAGCACAGAUGAUCUGGAAAGGGAAGUGACUCCAUCUGACUGUGACUCAGAUGCAUCUAAUAGAAAAUUCUAUUAUGGAAGCAUGUCAGAUCUAUCCAAUGAGGAGUCUGUCAAAUUAAAAGAUCAAAAACAGUUCCAUAGUUCAUUUGAUUUAUCUUCAAUUUCAAGAUCAUUAGAAACAGAGCACUGUGUAGGACCUCUUCAGGUGAAUACAAAAGGAAUUAAACAAAGAGAAACAAUUCAGCAAAAGAACAAGCAGGCAGGCACAGCAAGUGUUUGCUUAUUGUCUGGUUCAGCCUUUGCACCGAAAGGAAAACGAAGAAUGAGUGACUUCCUAAAUAGCUAUGUAGGACAUAAAUCGAUACACGAUUUGAACCGAAUAGAUGAAAAAACAGAAGAGGAUACAAAUAACCAGAGAUACAGAGUUGCUUAUAAGACACAAAGUCAUUCAGUUUCAGACCUUCCAAAAGAACCCCUUAAGAAGAAUGAUGCAUUGAAGAGAUCAGUGAGGGAAGACACAUCUAAGAGAUCAGUGAGGGAAGAUACAUCUAAGAGAUCAGUGAGUGAAGAUACAUCUGAGAGAUCAGUGAGUGAAGAUACAUCUAAGAGAUCAGUGAGUGAAGAUACAUCUGAGAGAUCAGUGAAUGAAGAUGCAUCUAAGAGAUCAGUGGGUGAAGAUACAUCUAAGAGUGAAGAUACAUGUAAGAAAUCAGAGAGUGAAGAUACAUAUACCAAACCAGAGACUGAAGGAUCAUUCAAAAGUAUAGAUAAGAAUGCUUCAGGACAGGAAAAUAACAAUGACAUCCAAGUCAGACUCAAGGAACCGAAAAAUAAGACAGUGUCAGAAGUAAAUGGAAUUACACAACAACCAUUCCUUAAUUAUUUGGAAAAAGCAGAAAAUUCACUCCAAACAUCAGGCCAAGAUACCUUAGAUUCAUUUGCUUUUGUCAGUCAGGAGUCAGUUGAUAGUAGUAAAGCCGUAAAUUCCUCUGACAGUCAAUCUCUUGAACUGUCCCAAAUGUCCAAUGCAGAUGUUUGGGAUGGCGCAUCUUUUAUACACACCUCAGAUGAUACAAAUACCGGUACAUUGAUCAAAUCCACAGACAAUGAUCAAUUUAAAAUAGAUUUAAAUGAGGCUUAUAUUUCAACUUUUUACAAUCAGCUGGUGGUAGAUAAUUCUCAGUCAUUAACAAAGUCAACUGUUGAUACACUCCCUGUUGGAGAUUCCCCCGUAACACUUAGUAAAGGAGGUAAGGAAGAAACAGUCAUUAGCACAACAAAUGUGCAUCCUGUACAAAAACGCAGGUCCAUUGGGGACUUCUUAAAGGGGUACACAAAUAUAAGUUCCCUGGAUGAAAAAACCACUUUUAAUAAAGUAACAAUUCCUAAAAAUGCCAACACAGAAACAAACUUGACCCUCAUAGCUGUUUCUGACAGUAAUGUUAACAUGCAGCCACAAGAUCAGAGUGUUCCAGCAUCCAGGGCCAAUGUUCUAGUAUCAAGAGCCAGUGUUCCAGCAUCUGGGGCCAAUGUUCCAGCAUCCAGGGCUGGUGUUCCAGAAUCCAGGGCCAGUGUUCCAGCAUCCAGGGCUGGUGUUCCAGCAUCCAGAGCCAAUGUUCCAGCAUCCCGAGCCAGUGUUCCAUCUGGGGCCAGUGUUCAAAAUGUAGUAAUGCAAAAUGCAAAACAGUCACCUAUCUCUAGUAAAGAGUCUACAAAUAUGACAAACAAAAAUCAUAACCAUAAUGAAUCCACAGAGCCCCAGCACCUAGGCAAUGAGAUUCAAACCCCCAAAAAUAAUCAUCCCGAUGAAAAAUUUUCUUAUACCACAGACAAGUGUACAGUUAUUACUCUGUCAGGCAAGGAGCCAUCAUUAUCAGAUGCUUCUUCAUCAGUAUACCAUGCAAAUAUUAUAUAUGUUGGAGACAAUAUGAAAAAUAAUCAUGGUAAAGAUACUGUCCAAAGCAGCACUUUGGACAAAGCUAGUAAAAAUACCAGUGAUAUGGAUCCUGUUAGUAUGCACACAAAUAUCUCAUCUAUUAAAGACAGUGUUGAUGUGACAGCACGUCACUCUCAGUCAGAACAUAAAUUUGUCUCACAAUCUGUGCAGCCUGUUGUGGCUGGAAAGAAUCCAGUAGUUAAUGAUAAAAAAUUAGAUCAUUCACAAGACUUAUUACAAGUUAAUGAUGUUAGGAAAGAUGAUGAUCAAAGUUCUACAGGACCCUAUGUGACAGUAAUAGCAGUGAGUGAUCUAUCAGACAGCUCCCUUCCUUCAUACAAGGCUAAUGUUACUUCAUCUUCUGAAAAUUCAAGCGAUGAUGAACUCUUGCUAGAUGAUCCUGUUGCCCUCACUAGAAUGAUAGUCCACAACUCUCGUAUAGGCAACAGUAACAGCAAAAAUCUUAGAGGGUUAAAGAAAAUAGACCUAACAAAGGCAUCAGUUCCAGCUAAUUCUCCGUUUUCCCCAUUGAGAUCAAAAUCGAGUAGUUUAAUAUGUGAUUCAAGUGUUGUUGACAACGUCCCACAAAAGAAGCAUGUAGGUCCUAGAGACUCUUGUGAUGAAGGUGUACACUCUCAGUUGAGUGAUAUAGAAGUGGCUUCCUCAGGCACUUCCAUGGAGUCUAAGUCACUUGGUAGUUUGGAGACCUGCGGCGAAGAUGGACACGAUGCCAUGGUACAGUGCAGCUAAUGUGCACAUGUGCAUGAAUCAAAAUGGGUUCACAGAAUG